AUGAAUAAAGACACUUUCACAAACUCUUCCUCCCUCAUCUCUAAGCCUUUGAUUCUGCUUCCUGCUGCUCCAUCUCCCCCCAGCAGUGGAUUAGCUCUCAUUGCUCCUUACUCAGUGGCUGGCAGGUUACACACCACCACCAGCAGUAAUGAUAAGGCGUUCCAGAUGUUUAAAGAUAUCACACGAGUACCACGCAAUGAUGAAACACCAAGCUACAGUUCUUUUGCGACCUUCCUGUUGGUUGACCCUAAAUACUUACAUCGUCUACUUAAUCUGAAUGAGUGUCGGCUUUUCCCCAUCCGUGGAAAGAAUUACAUCCUUGAGACAGGCCAGGUUCUUCAGCUCUCACCUUACCUUGAGAUAGGGACCCGGGGGGAACCGCGGCGGGCCAGCGGCGAACAGGCCCGGAGCCGGGAGGCUGCGGGCGGCGCGGAUCAAGAAGAUCACGAAGAGAUGGGGAAGGUGGCGGCAGCUGUGCCUGUCAUCAUCUCCCGGGCGCUCGAGCUCUUCCUGGAGUCCUUGUUGAAGAAGGCUUGCCAGGUGACCCAGUCUCGAAAUGCCAAAACCAUGACCACGUCCCACCUGAAACAGUGCAUUGAGCUGGAGCAGCAGUUUGACUUCUUGAAAGACUUGGUGGCAUCCGUGCCCGACAUGCAGGGAGAUGGGGAAGACAACCACAUGGAUGGGUACAAGGGUCCUCGAAGGGGCCGGAAACCAGGCAGCAGUGGCAGGAAGAACGGAGGCACUGGAAGCAAAGGCAAAGACAAGAAGCUGUCUGGGACAGACUCGGAACAGGAGGAUGAGUCUGAGGAUACAGACACUGAUGGAGAAGAAGAGGCAUCACAGCCUCCGCCUCAAGCCAGUCACCCCCCUGCCCACUUUCAGAGCCCUCCAACCCCCUUCAUGCCCUUCACCUCUCCUCUGCCUUUGCCCCCAGCGCCCCCUGGCCCCUCAGCACCUGACGCAGAGGAUGAAGAAGACUAUGAUUAUAAGCGCUCACUGCCCUGACCCCAGGCUAUAUGCCCCCUUUUAGUUAGUUUUAGCUGCUCUGGGGAGAAAAGAAAGAUGGAAUUGUUGUUAAAUUUAUUAA